UCUCUUAAAGGCACAGAUCUGACCCUGAAACCUUUAGUCAUUCCUUAUUACCUUAAGUGUAAAGUAAAACAUUUUAAGAAAGAUAUUUAAGAUCCUUCAUAGUCUAUUUUAUGUGGAAAUAGGAGACUCCAUAUUCCUUACCUCUUCACUCUCCCAAUUAUAGUCCAACCCCUAGAGCCAGCACUUGUAGAGAUAACCUGUCAAGUGCUUCUCUAAAAAUGCUAUCACUCUUGCUUUAGUUUCUAAAGACCUAGAAAAGAAAAUCCUUACUACUUAAGUCCUUGACACUGUUAUCAGAUGGUUUAACAUCAUAAAUUAAUAUUUUCUCAUGAGUGGAAAUAAUAUAAAAGAUGGCAUUACUCACUUGCUUUGCUACUGCAUCCUAAGGACCUCAAAGCCUUUUCAUCAAACUUUAAAACUAUAUGUGCUGUUUCCUCCUAUUAGAAUGUGAACGUAUUAAGAGAAGCAACUUUCUUACAUUUCUUUAGAGUUCUGGGGAGCAAAUCCUAAUUACACAACCCCCCUGUGAUUCCAAUGGAAAAUGAGCAUGUAGAAAUCUCCCAGAUUUACAAGCCUAGUUUCCCCAUGGAAUCAGUACACGUAACCAACUUAUAUCUAAAGAUCUUCAACUAGAGCAAAUUAAGAAUCAAUAUAAAUAUUACUGUUGCUAUGAAGUGUCAAUAUGUAGGAGCUGAUGUAUUGGAUUUAGCCGAAACAAUGGUUGCAGCUGCAGAUGGUCUAGUUUAUGAACCUGUAAUAUUUGAUCUCUCACCCCAACAAAGAGAGUGGCAGAGAAUGUUACAAACAAUUCAGAGUAGACUUCAAGAGGAACAUUCACUACAAGAUGUGAUAUUCAAAAGUGCUUUUAAAAGUGCCUCAACAGCACUACCCCCAAGGGAAGAUAAUUCAUUACAACCUCCGGAUGCAUGCAGAAUUCAUGGUCAUCUGUAUGUCAAUAAAGUAGCAGGGAAUUUUCACAUAACUGUGGGCAAGGCAAUUCCACAUCCCCGAGGUCAUGCACACCUGGCGGCUCUUGUCAGCCAUGACUCCUACAACUUUUCUCAUAGAAUAGAUCAUUUGUCUUUUGGUGAACUUGUUCCAGGAAUUAUUAAUCCUCUAGAUGGAACUGAAAAAAUUGCUAAUGAUCAUAACCAGAUGUUCCAGUACUUUAUCACAGUUGUGCCAACAAAACUCAAUACAUACAAAAUUUCAGCAGACACUCACCAGUUUUCAGUGACAGAAAGGGAACGUGCCAUUAACCAUGCAGCAGGAAGCCAUGGAGUAUCUGGGAUAUUUAUGAAAUAUGAUCUUAGUUCCCUUAUGGUAACAGUGACUGAAGAGCAUAUGCCAUUCUGGCAGUUUUUAGUGAGACUAUGUGGUAUUAUUGGAGGAAUUUUCUCAACAACAGGCAUGCUUCAUGGAAUUGGAAAAUUCUUAGUUGACAUAAUUUGUUGUCGUUUCCGACUUGGAGCCUACAAACCUGUUACUUCUGUCCAGGAUGGCCACACAAACAACCACUUACCUCUUACAAAAAAUAGUAUACAUAGCACCUCCUGAGAAGAGGAGAAAAACUUUUUUCCGUGACAGAAAACUUUUUUUAAAAUAAUAAAAUAUUGUGCAAUAUGUUGAAAGAAAAGAAAGUAUGAAUGGGAAGGAGAAAUCACACCUUAAAAAAAAAAACAACCACUA